AUGUCGUACAAGUUCUGGAACCGGCAUAAGGCUGGCGCGACAGAGGUACCCGCCGACAGUUAUACUUCUGACUCGGAACCGGGUAUUCUGCACGACGGUGGCCUUGCCUAUACGCGCGCGAAAGCCGGCAACGACUCCGGCGCGACCUACCAAGAAGCCGUCGGUGCGCCUGUGGAGCUUCGCUCACCUUUGGGAUACAAUGUCGGGUGGGCGACGAUCAUUUUUCUCAAUGUCAACCAAAUGGUUGGUACCGGUAUCUUUUCAACGCCGGGAACCAUUCUGGGCAGCACGGGUUCGAUUGGCCUGGCUCUCUUCUACUGGGUCAUUGGCUUUUUGAUGGCAGCUGCCGGAUUGGCCGUCUAUCUCGAGCUGGCCGCGUAUUUUCCUAAUCGAAGCGGCUCCGAAACCGUCUAUCUGGAGCAGGCAUACCCGCGCCCAAAGCACUUUUUUCCCAUUGCCUUUGCGGUCCAGUCUGUGAUACUGUCUUUUAGCGCUAGCAAUGCUAUUGUCCUGUCCCGGUACAUAUGGCGAAUUGCCGAAAAGACCCCGACGGACUGGGAAUCCAAGGGCGUGGCAGUCGCGGCCUACACACUGGCUGUUAUAUGCGUUAUCGCGAACAACAGAUUUUCCCUGUGGGCGACAAACGUACUCGGUGUCUUCAAAAUCGCGCUACUUAUCGUUAUUUCUAUCACCGGCUUCGUGGUUCUGGGAGGCCACACCAGCGUGGCAAACCCGGGAGCCAACUUCAAGAACCCAUUCGAUGGGACCACAGACAACGGGAACGACCUCUCAGGGGCCAUGAACGCCUUCAACGUCGUUGCUGAGAUCAAACGUCCAAUUCCAACUCUCAAGAAAUAUGCCACCAUCUCUGUGCUGCUCGUCGCGGUGCUCUACAUACUCUGCAACGUUGCGUAUUUUGCAGCAGUUCCCAAGGAAGAAUUCGCCGCGUCCAAAGAGAUCGCAGCCGGUGUCUUCUUUACCGCCGUUUUUGGCUCGCGAGGUUCCAAGGCGCUCAAUGUGCUUGUACUGCUAAGCGCAUUCGGCAAUCUGCUUGCUGUCUUGAUCGGGCAGUCCCGACUCAUCCGGGAGAUUGGAAGGCAAGGUGUUCUGCCCUGGACUCAAUUCUGGGUCUCUACUCGGCCGUUCGGGACCCCUAUCGGACCAUACCUGUUGAAGUGGUUUGUUACAUUUAUCAUGAUUGUUGGACCUCCUGCCGGAGAUGCUUUCCAAUUCGUUGUAAGCUUGAAGACCUACCCAGACAGUAUGUUUCUUGUUGCAAUGACGCUGGGAGUGUACAUCUUCCGAUACCGCUACAAACGAGUUGGUCGCGAGCGUGCAGAGUUCAAGGCAUGGGAUGUGGCUGUGAUCUUCUACCUCCUUACUAACGUCUACCUGCUGGUCAUGCCGUGCCUACCGGGGGGAGGGGGGGUUCUUAAAAGUAUAGUAAUAGUAUUUCUUAAGGAUACUAAGAUAAUACUAAUAUAA